AUGGGGCAAUCAACAGUAAAGGCGGUAAAUACGCCCAUACUCCACGUUGAGGCGAGAUUAAACAGCGUUGAUGGUGGUAUCGUCAUGCGGACUGAUAUUGUACGAGAUGAAAUUGCGAAAUGGCUUAUUGACAACUUUGCCGUGCUUAGUCUAGGACAGGAAAUAAAGACCUUUGGUGACGGGCCAUUCAUCCAAGGACUUCAUUCUAUGUAUCCGGAUUCAAUCAAGGUGAUAGAGUGUUCUGGAAAACAGAAUGAAAGCGAGGCUUUCCGCUUAGACAGCGUUAAUCUUGACGUCCAGGCGUAUCAGCUUCGCUCGAGUGAACCCGAUACGAAUCUGCCGCAGAACCAUGGCAAUGAAAAACAAGAGGAUGAAUGUUCCCCUCAAGCACGCGUAAUGUCCUUGCCAAACAGGGAGUUAGAUGGAAUUUGGGAAUCGCUUUUGUUCGACCAGCCGAUACAUUCAAACUUGCUACAUGCAAUUAGCCGGAUGCUCGGAUUUUCGUGGCGUAAACUUGAUUCUCGGACAAUCAUCUGGAACCGCCUUAUUCUCCUUUAUGGCCCUCCUGGAACAGGGAAGACAAGUCUUUGCCGUUCACUAGCCCAAAAACUGGCAAUCCGCCUUGGGAGGCAGUUUCCUCAGAGCAAAUUGGUCGAAAUCAAUGCUUACUCCCUGGGCAGUAAAUUCUUCAGCGAAAGUGGGAAACUCGUGGCCAAAAUGUUUGACAUUGUUGAAGGCAUGCUUGAGGAUGAACCGGAUACACUCGUUUGUGUCUUCAUCGACGAAGUAGAGACAAUGACUGCCCAGAGAGAACAGACAUUGAGUGGGAACGACCCCCUUGAUGCAAUGAGAGCUGUCAAUUCACUUCUUAUGGCAUUGGACCGAUUGAGGCACCAUCCUAAUGUAGUGGUACUUUGCACUAGCAACCUUCUUACUGCACUGGACUCCGCAUUCCUUGACCGAGUUGAUAUCAAGCAAUUUAUCCCACCACCAUCAGAAAUUGGGGUAUAUGAAAUCUUCAGAAGUUGUCUUGGAAGUUUGAAAACAGCGCUCAAGUACAUUGCUGAGCCUGCCGAUUCUCUUAUACUGCCAAGCUACGGCGAGACGCAGUUAUGGUAUCGGCUCUUCCCGGAAUCCAUCCCAAAACAGCUCGCUGAUAUCUCACAAAUGAGUGUUGGCCUUAGUGGGCGAUCUCUUCGACGGAUUCCAGCGCUGUCGCUUGUCCUUUACACUAGCUAUGAGGUUUGUACUGUUGACCAGGCAUUGGCAGCGUUGAGGCGCGGGGUAGAGGAGGAGCUAAAAGUAAAGCAAGAAGCAGGGAGAGGAAAUGCUAGCCUGGGAAACGGGUAA